GUGACAGCCAGACCGGGUGGCCAGGGACACCGGCAUGGCCGGGAAGGUGGCGCUGCUCCUGUGGGCCCAGACCCUCGGCCUCGCUGGCGCCCAGACCACCCAGCUCCUCGUGCAGCCCCCCUGGACACCGCCGGUGCUGUGGGACCGGGUGACACUGACCUGCCAGGGCUCGGGCACUGCCGCUGCCACCACCUGGUACAAGGACGGGCAGCACUGGCAGCUGCAGGGACCCGACCGAUUCCGUGUCACCGAGAGUGGCACCUACCAGUGUGACAGACCCAGCACCGGGCGCAGUCCCCCCAUGAGCGUCUCCAAUGACUGGCUGGUGCUGCAGGUGCCGGUGCAGGCGCUGCUGGAGGGGGACACGGUGACACUGCGCUGCCAGGGGUGGCAGAACAAACCGGUGGCCUCGGUGUCCUUCUACCGUGAGGAGAAACAACUGCAGAGGUUCCGCGAUGGGACUGAGCUGUCCCUGUCCCCUCUGCGGCUGCACCACAGCGGCCGCUACCGCUGCAGGGGCUGGGUGGACUCUGUGCUGUCACGGUGGAAGGAGUCAGCACCGGUGACAGUGAAGGUGCAUGAGCUGUUCCCGGUGCCGGUGCUGGAGGGUCCUCCUGAGCCUACCGAGGGGUCCUCCUUGAAUCUCAGCUGCCUCAGCCCCCCCAGCCCCCUGCGGCCCCGAGCCCCCCUCCUGCACCUCUUCUACCGGCACGGGCAGUUGGUGGGGGGCCCGCAGGGGUCCCCGCAGCUCCUGCUGCCCGCCGUGGGGGUCUCCCACUCGGGGAAUUACAGCUGCCAGGUGCGCUCCGAGCGGGGGCCGUGGGGAAGAGCAGCACCCGGCUCCGCGUCACGGUGCGCAGUGAGUGCAGGGAUGGGCGCGGGGAGCCCCGACAGCCGCCACGGGUCCCCCAGUCCUGUCUGGGAACACCCAGCUCUCCCUGACCCCUGCCCAGUGUCCUCCCAUCCCUUCCCACUUCCUUCCUUAGGUCCCACCAUCCCCUUCUGGGUCCCCACCCGGCCCUGGAGUCCCCCCCAUCCCUCUCCAGGUGUCCCCUCCCUAAACCCCCCAUCCUUCCUUGGGGUCCCUUCCCACCCUUUCCAAGCUGUUCCCAGGCUCCCUGCCCCAUCUUCUUCACAGGGGUCCCCUCGUCCCUCCCCCACCCUCCCCGGGUCCUUCACUGUCCUCUGGUGUCCCCCUCCCACAGGGGUCCCGCUCUCGGGGGUGUCCGUGUCGGUGCAGCCCCCCGGGGGACAGGUGGCACUGGGGGACCGCCUGGUGCUGAGCUGCACGGUGGCCGCGGGUACAGGUCUCCUGUCCUUCUCCUGGCACCGGGGGGACUCGUGGGCACUUCUGGGCACUGGCCUCCGCCUGGAGCUGCACCACGUUGGGGACAAUGACAGCGGCCACUACCAGUGCAGGGCCAGCAACGGGGACAGCGUGGCCGAGAGUGUCCCCCUGAAUGUCACCGUCCUGGUGCCCGUGGCCAAUGCCACCAUCAGCCCCGGUGCCCUGGCACAGCCGGUGCGCGCAGGUGACCCCGUGACCCUGCGCUGCUCGGUGCAGGUGGGCUCAGCCCCUGUCACCUUCACCUGGCUGCGCAACGGGAGCGAGGUGGCCCAGGGUCCCCUCCUGGAGCUCGGCGACGUCCAUGUGGGACAUUCCGGCACCUACCAGUGCGUGGCCACCAACCAGCUGGGACAGGACGGGCACCACGUGUUCCGGGCUCUCACCCCCGAGCUGGCACUGACGGUGACACCGCGGGCACACUGGGACACAGCAGUGGCCGCAGGGGUUGCCGGGUCCCUCCUGUUCCUGCUCCUGCUCGUGGGUGUCAUUGUGGGCUGUCACCGGUGGCAGCGCCUGGCCUCCAGGAAGCACCAGGAAAGGGCUCCCCCGGAGCCCCCGGCCUCUCUGGAGGAGGGGGAGGUGCUGUACACCCACGUCACGAGGACGAAGCGGACGCAGGGGCCCACCCGCACCGCUCCGCCCCAGGAUACCCAAGUGACCUACGCGGAGCUGCCGGGACCCCACGGGCGACCGCGGGCACCCAGUGACAUCUACGGGAACGUGCUGGGGCACUGAGGGCGCUGGGGGACACUGGAGGACCCGACUGACUUCUGUUGGGACCAAAAUGCAGCUUUUUGCUGAAACUGGGAGAAAUGGUGUUUCUUUAUUCAGCUUUCUCCUGCUUUAGGAACGGGAUUCUCCAAUUUCCUGCUUCUACUAAAAACUUUCUCUCCCCAUCCGGCUGCGGAGGGCAGUGAGAGAGCGGCUUUGGUGGGUGCGGGGCAUGCGGGCAGCGUCAGCCCACGGCAAGGCAGGAAGGAGGAGGGUCCCGCUCAGGGUGCUGAGCAGAUCCUUGUGGCAUUUGCCUGAGUUUUGGGGCUCCCUCAGUGCCUUGGGCAGAGGGACAAAAUGAUGCAUUGCUGCAUUUCCGGGCUGCUUCCCUCGCAGCUGCCCCUGCAGGGGCGCUUUCCAGCCAGCCCUGCUCUGCAAACCAUCAAAGGCCCUCGCUCGCAGAGCCACUGCUUGGGCUCCCCUUGGCUUUUGUGCUUCUCGCAGGCUUGAGCAAAACACAGCC